UGUAAGUUUGUUACAAAAGUUAGUUAGAAGAGAGAAACAACGCAGAAUCCUUUGUGAAAAAUGACGAUCACAGCAGUUCCGGUCGUUAAGAAUGGCUGCCUCAUGGUGAGAGGCAAGGUUGUCUUAACUGGAGUGCCAGACAACGUUGUCGUCACACCAGCAAGCUCGGGUGCGGCCUUUGUGGGGGCCAAGGCCCCCACCUCAAGCUCUUGCCAUGUCAUCAAUCUUGGGAUUCUUGAGGAUUGCAAGUUUAUGUGUUUGUUUAUAGCGAAGAUUUGGUGGAUGAUACCGCGGGUUGGGAGAUCAGCAAGUGAGAUUCCAAUGGAGACUCAGAUGCUUCUGUUGGAGGUAGGGGAGGAUUCAGUGCUAGGCGUGGUGGAGGACGAAGCUCCUGCAACGGGGCAGAGAUUCUACGUGCUCGUGCUGGCUGUUCUGGACGGAGCCUUUAGGACUACUUUGCAGGGGACUGCAUUGAAUGAGCUUCAAUUCUGCUACCAAAGUGGUGAUGCUGGUGUUGAAACUGCACAAGCAAUGGAGGGAGUGUUUGUUAACUCAGGGGAUAAUCCUUUUGAAUUGAUCAAGGAUUCAAUCAAGAUUCUGUCCAAACACAAGGGUACAUUCACUCAUCUAGAAAACAAGAAGGCUCCCGCGCAUUUGGAUUGGUUCGGCUGGUGCACUUGGGAUGCAUUCUAUACAGAAGUCAGCCCAAAAGGGAUCAAAGAUGGCCUUGAGAGUUUCAAAGAAGGAGGGAUUUCUCCGAAGUUCUUGAUCAUAGAUGACGGGUGGCAGGAAACAGUCAACGAGUUCCAAAAAGAAGGAGAAUCUCGGAUUGAAGGAACACAGUUUGCAACAAGAUUGACAGAUAUUAAAGAGAACAACAAAUUCUGUUCAGAAGCAGAUGGUUCGAGCACGAACUUGAAAGAACUGAUUCAUUACAUCAAAGAGAAUUAUGGACUAAAGUAUGUGUACAUGUGGCAUGCCUUAGCCGGUUACUGGGGUGGAGUUCUUGAAUCAUCUGAGGCUCUGAAAAAGUACAACCCUAAGCUUGAAUACCCAGUUCUGUCUCAGGGAAACAUCGGUAACAUAAGAGACAUAGCCCUCGACAGCUUGGAGAAGUACGGUGUGGGAGUAAUCGAUCCCGACAAGGUUUUCGACUUCUACAACGAUAUGCACAGCUACCUUGCCAGUAGCGGUGUGGAUGGUGUCAAGGUUGAUGUUCAGAAUUUGUUGGAGACAUUAGGAUCCGGAUAUGGUGGCCGUGUCUCAAUCACUAAACAGUAUCAUGAAGCUCUUGAUGAGUCCAUAGACAGAAACUUCACAGAGAAUAAUCUGAUCUGCUGUAUGUGCCACAAUUCAGACUCCAUUUUCAGCUCUAAGAGGAGUGCCACAGCUAGAGCAUCUGAGGAUUUCAUGCCUAAUGAGCCAACUUUUCAGACAUUGCACAUUGCAUCAGUCUCUUUCAACAGCCUUCUACUAGGAGAGAUUGUAGUUCCUGAUUGGGAUAUGUUUCAUAGCAAUCAUAGCACAGCUGAAUUCCACGGUGCAGCAAGGGCGAUAGGAGGCUGCCCGGUGUAUGUUAGUGAUAAGCCGGGAAAGCACAAUUUCAAGAUCCUGAGGAAGCUCGUUCUGCCUGAUGGAUCUGUGCUUCGGGCUAGAUAUGCAGGCAGGCCUACCCGAGACUGCCUGUUUGUGGACCCUGUCAUGGAUGGGAAGAGCCUUCUCAAGAUAUGGAACUUGAACAAGGUGACUGGAGUGGUAGGUGCUUUCAACUGCCAAGGAGCCGGGUCUUGGCCUAUGAAAGCGUCUGAACCGGUCGAGACAUCUGCCCCCACGGCCACUUCUAUCUCCGGCCGUGUAGGUCCAAACGAUGUAGAGUUUCUUGAAGAAAUUGUUGGGGAAAACUGGUUAGGAGACUCGGUUGUGUAUGCAUUUAACUCUGGAACAAUUUCUAGAGUGGCAAAGGGUGAAACUAUUGAUGUGUCAUUAGGCCUAUUACAAUGUGAAAUCUUCACCAUCUCACCAAUAAAGACACUCAAAGGUAGCAUUGAGUUUGCUCCCAUUGGCUUGAUCAACAUGUACAACUCCGGUGGAGCAAUCGAAGAAUGUGCGGUCGUUGGUGACGGAGAAAGAAUAAUGAUCAAAGCAAGAGGAUGUGGAUUAUUUGGAGGGUAUUGCAGCAUCAAACCAAGUUCUUGCAAGGUUAACAAGAAGGAUGAGGAGUUCACAUACAACUCUGAGAAUGGACUAUUCACAGUCUAUCUUCAUAGUGAUGGCAGUUUCAAGGAGAUUGAAAUUGUAUUUUAACACUAUCAUAAGUGAUCCAAGUAUCAAUAACGCUUCUUUUUUCUCUAUUAAAAAACAAAUUAGAAACAAAGUUUCGAAGUGCCAA